AUGUUGAAAAAGCUCCACUCUAUUUCAUCAUCAACAUUACCAGUUACUCUCUCCACCACUAACGGAAGUAAAGCGGUGUUUAAUAUGAUGGCCAAUAGUGCUAUUCAAUCACGUUUUAAUCAUCAAGCAGCUGCUAUUGUUGUGGACGAAAAAAAGGUUCAAUCAAAUCGUCCUCCUCAAAAACAGAGUGGAGCUCCAGCCAAUAACAAAUUCAUUAGUAAACAACAUAAGAAAGAGAAAUUCCAAGAAUUGAAUUUGGAAAAAAAAGCAAGAUUGGAUAAUAUUAUUAAUGACCAAAAAUCGAAGCAAAAACUCGGAAAGAGAAUUCUUUUGUAUUUGAUGAGAUGUUCUCAAAAGAAUAUUCCUAUCACAACAGUAUACUUUUACUUUGAUUUACUUUUGAAUCAUUUAAAGAUUACUAUGGAACAUUCAUUCUUUAUUCAACUUCUUAGUUUAUGUAAGGAUGAAGACCAAUGUGUAACUGUCUUUUUACUUUCCGUGAAAGCUGAAAAGGUUAAAUUAGAAAAUGGAACAGAAUCAAUUGAACCAAUCAUCAAGUUACCAAAGAAUAUCUCAUAUAAUAGAGAACAGUAUGAAAAGUUUAGAUCAUUGAUGCCAUUAAAUCAGCACUAUAAUGAAGUCAUGAUUUCUACAGCAUUAUUCCAUACACUUGCUAGAUUAAAGUCAAAGUAUACAUAUGCUUUAUUCAGAGCAUUGAAACAAUCUGAUGAAAGUCUAUUCAGUGAAUAUCACACAGUUGAAUGUUACAAUUGUCUUUUAUUACAAUAUGCUAAACCACCAUUUACUGAUAUGGAAUUGGUCAACAAACUUCUUUCGGAAAUGAACCAAAAUGAAGCUACCAAACCAAACAUUAGAACUCACACACUUCUCUUGGACUUAAUUCUUAAGAGCACCUAUUCAAAUGGUGAAAAGUUGCAAAGAAUUCUUCAAAUGACAAGAGAAAUUGAGUCAGCAGAUACUGCCUUCUUUAACAAACUCCUCACAAAUCUCAUAGACACUCAACAAUACAAAAUUGCCAUCCAAUUAUUUAAUGCUAUUAAUCAAGCAUCAGUUGGAACAGAUUCCAAGAUUCGUCCUGACCGUGUUACAUAUCACAAGAUGAUUUCACUCUACUUUAAGAUAGGAAGCCCUGAAAAGGCUCUUUCUAUUGCUAAAGCUUUUGAACAAGAUCCUUUGAGUCAAAUUACAAGUUAUACUUGUUGUUUGGUUAUUCAAGGUUUUAUUGAUGCUGACAGAAUUCAAGAAGCCAUAAUGCUCUAUGAAAACUUUAUCAAACAUCCAAAGAUUAAAUUGGAUCAAAUUUUCUUCAACGCUAUUAUUUCAUCAGCAGGUAAAAAGAAUUUACCACAACUUUUACAACGAGCAAUUAAGGAUAUGAAGGAGCUUAAAGUGGAACCAGAUUUAACCUUAUACUUUACAACAUUGUCAUCAUACUCUAGAAUGGGACUUAUGCCAGAAGCUGAAAAGAUGUAUCAAUUAUUCAAAGUUAAAGGUUUGCUUACAUCAUCAAAGCAUUAUACUGCCUUGAUGAGAGGUUACUUUAGACUUAAAAAAGAUGACAUGGUAUGGGAUGUAUUCCAAAGAUUUUUGGAAGAUCAAAAAUUACGUGAAAAAUCAGGCGAUCCUCUUUAUUUAGAUUUUGCAAUUUUAUCGUAUUUGUUGGCAGCUACUAGAUCUAAGGAACAACUUGAACAAAUUUUCGUACACUACAAGGCAUUGAUUGAAAAGAAUAUUAUUUCAGAUAGUACAAAUGAUUACGUUAUGUUGGAUGAUGAAGCAGAGGAUGAUAUUAUCCUUAACAUUACAGAAGCAGAGGAUGAUGAAAAGGUUGGAGCAUUUACUGAUAGAGACUUAGUUGAUCUUUAUAAUGAUGAUUUCAAGUUUGAAGAAUCAGGAAAGAUUGCCUUCUAUUCAGAUGUUAGACCAGAACUGUUUUAUUAUAGACUUUGUAGAGUUUCUUUGUAUCAAAGACAUACUAACAUUCUCAUCCAACUUUUGAACCACAUGCAACUCAUCGCCAAGGUUCAACCACAUAGUAUCAAAUAUUUCUCUAAAAUUGUCCUUCGUUACUUGUCAACAACAGGCAGAAAGAGAGUUGUGUACUUCUUUGAGGUAUUGGACAAACUUUUACAAGAGUAUAAGAAGGGAACUAGGAUUGUAUUUUUGGAAAUUCUUGCUAGGAAAUAUCUUGGUGCCGUUGAAAAACUAGCCGAUUUUAUUACUCAACAAAGAAUUGAGAAUUACAUAAGAUACAGAGGUGAAGAUUUACAAGAUCCUUCAUUCAACUAUGUACCAAACUUUAAUCAAAUUUUGAAAGAACUCGCAACUAUUAAAGUAUAA